AUGAAUGUGACCCAAAAUGCCUCAAUAUGGAAGACACUGGCCACAAGACUGAACCGAGAUCCUGGUACACCUGUACUGGACCCGACCAUAGCGUUCUGGCAGGAUCCUCCGCACCACUUUGCUCAGCGAGCCUCACCAAGCUUGCCCAAAGAAGCUGAAAUUGUCAUCAUUGGCUCUGGAAUUGCCGGGAUAAGCACAGCUUUGCAUCUUCUCAGGCGGGACAGUUCGUUGAACAUUGUCAUGCUCGAGGCCAGGAAUGCUAUAUCGGGCGCAACUGGACGGAAUGGUGGGCAUAUCAAAGCGGUCCCAUGGGCAGAUUACUAUGCACUCAAGGAGGCUUUCGGCAAGGAGAGUGCAAUGAAGGUUACCAAGUUCCGUCUGGCGCAUCUCGAUGCAAUGGUCGCCGAAGCAGCGGCAUUGGGUGAAGCUGGAAAAGCUGGCCUGGUGCGUCGCCUCGAAGGCGUUAGUGCUGUAUACGACAAGGAAGCUUGGGACUUUGCAAAGGUCAAACUAGACGCGUUCCUCGAAGACUUUCCCGAAGAACGAGACAAAUGGACCAUAUGCGAGGAUGAAAGCGAGUUGAAGGGACUCGGUCUUGUCAACGCCUACGGUUGCAUCAAAGGCCGCUCGGGGGCCGCUUGGCCGUACAGAUUUCUGGGUUGCAUUUUGUCGCAGAUGCUAGAUCACGGGCAAUUAAUCCUGGAAACACAUACCGCCGCAGAGGAGGUCCAGAGAAAUCAGGCUUCAUGUCAUCCGUAUGUGGUGCAGACAUCAAGAGGCGUAGUAUCAGCAAAGCAUGUCAUCCAUUGCACCAACGCGCAUGCAGCUCAUCUUCUACCGGCAUUGAAGGGGAAAUUGUGGCCACUGAGAGGGCAAAUGACUGUGCAAUCGGUGCCGCCAGAGUUCCCUCGGACAGGCGCGACGAGAUCGUACAGUGCAAUAUGGGCAACAGGCUUCGACUACAUCACACAAUCGCCCGCUGAAGAUGGCUCGCUGUACCUUGGAGGCGGAUUCUUCAGGGCGGUCCCGAAAAAGAUGAAGACCUGGGAAAUACAGACGACGGCACUUUGA